CGGCGCUGCCCUUCCCCUCGGGCAGCUUUCCCUUCUUUGGUGCGGCAGCAGCCGCCAGGCAGGAACGGCUCUUGCCGUUAAAAGGAGAAGCCAAAACUUCCCACACAAUAAUUCAUUUACUAACAUGUUGAAAAACAAAAAAACCUCAAGCCCCAUAUGAGUGCGUUAACGCAAGGCUGUAGACACACCGUCUCCAUCAGCUGCUAACAACAUUUCCCAAUUUACACCAAGCAGCAGCUUGUGCUGUACAAGCCCAGCCCCGGACGAGCAGGUUUCACACGGGCAUCUCCAGCAAACCGUCGCUCCUUCAGUUCCUAUCAAAGUCCCAAACCCCUCUUUUCCCCAUUAAGGAUGUCUUCGCAAGAUGUCCCAGUGUGACCAGAUUAUAUAAGUGGUCCAAAACUUAAGUGAUGGCCAGGAAAAAUUAAUGGGAAAACCCAACUUUUAGGUCAGCAUGCGCAAUAGCAAAUGGAAAAUGCAGUGUCUGAGCUGACAGCUCCUCGUGCCCUUAGGGAUAGCGAUGUGGUAGCCGGACUUCAUUUCUAAAGAGACUGCAGCAAGCCAACUAGGACUCAAAGCAGCUGGAACUGAUGAUGAGGGGCCUGGCAAGCCUUCUCCUUUGCUCGCUGCUGCUGGUGGCCCCUCAUUGCACAGAGGGGGCUGACCCAACAGUCCAACCCGACCCCAAAACACCAUGUGCCAACUGGAUGGGAGGAGCGCCCGGCUACCCCGGCCACAACGGGCUCCCUGGCCGAGACGGGAAAGAUGGAAAAGACGGACUAAAGGGAGAGAAAGGAGAGGAAGGUGUGCAAGGACCCAAAGGUGACGAAGGCGAAACAGGAAUCCCAGGGCCGGAAGGGCCGAGAGGAUUUCCCGGAUACCCCGGGCAGAAGGGGGAGAAGGGUGAAGGUGCCUUCGUCUACCGCUCCGCCUUCAGCGUGGGGCUGACAGAGCGAGCCCCCCACCCCAACGUCCCCAUCCGCUUCAGCAAGAUCUUCUACAACGAGCAGAACCACUACGACGCCAGCACCGGCAAGUUCCUCUGCAACAUCCCCGGCACGUACUACUUUGCCUACCACCUGACGGUCUACAUGACAGACGUCAAGGUCAGCCUCUACAAGAACGACAAGGCAGUGAUCUUCACCUAUGACCAGUUCCAGAAGAACAAUGUUGACCAAGCAAGUGGCUCCAUCUUGCUGCAUCUCAGCACUGGGGACGAGGUCUGGCUUCAGGUGUACGGGGAGGGUGACAACAACGGCGUCUACGCCGACAACAUCAACGAUUCCACUUUCAUGGGCUUCCUCCUGUACCCAGACCUGGAUGUCCAUUAAAGUGGGGGUUCUGGAUGGGAAAGAACGAGGUGGCUUAACCCAGGACGGCGUUCUGGGGCACCAACGCUAAAGCUAUACUGUAUUUACCAGAAAAUUGCCUUUUGCAGGGGCAACGAUUGCCAAGGGUGGACCCUAUCUCCUGUGAAAUCAGUGAGGUUAUACAUGAGUGACUUCCAUGGGACCAAGAGUUCACUCCUACCUCUGCUCUUGCUCUCCUUGUGGAAACCUGGGCCCAAAGUCAAACACCACUCCUGCCACAUUGUGGAAGAGUAACUCUCAAGAUGGCCUAAACUUUUUUUAAAUUCAAAAGUGAUAAGAGAAAAAUUGGUUACAUUUAAAUAUCACAUUCUAAAUUUCCCUUUUUUAACCACCUGAAUUAAACCAAUAGUACACAUUUUAGCCAGCAUUUUAAAAUUUGAGUAGAAGAGGGAGAAGACUAGUCACAAAAGCCUUCUCUGCUCUUGUUUUCAGCUGGAACAGAUUACUCCAUUUUUUCCAUUGUAACUCCCUGUCUUAUUAGGGCCUCUGACUUCCACCCAUGGUUUGUUGUCUCCCUUCUUUAGCCCAGAUCUUUGAAUAUAUUCAGAUUAUUCACUUUCAUUGAUUUUAAUCCUUUGAUUUUUCAUUUUAUGUUUAUCCCCAUCAUUAUCUCUCACGCAGCCAGCAUGCUCAGUCAGGGCAGGGAUCUUCUCUUUUGAUUUAUCUGAAAAGCCUUGUGAAUGCCAGUGAGGCUACACAACAAAAGCAACCAAUUGACCAUGUGGCUUUGGGGGUCCCAACGUGGUCACAGACGUGUUUGCCACACAGUUGUGAUGCUCAGAAAUGACAGUAGCUCCCCUGCAAACACCAUGCCUAACCAGGGAACAGAAGGUCCUUCAAGGAUCCUGGGCAGACCAGCUGGGCAGAGCUUCAGGUGGUACAACCUCCCAAUGUUGAGUGGGCUCCUGGGAUGAACACCCCCAGGACCUGCCCCAGCUCUUGGCAAGGUUAGCUCAAUGGGGGAAGAGCAUUAAGGCUGAGAUUAGUAGCAAUCCCAUCAAACUGCUCUCCAAGGAGCUUGCUUGACUUUUAGCUAAAAGGGGAUUUGAUGGCUUCUCAGAUACAUUCAAAGAUGACUCCCAUUAAGCUUCAGAACAAGUUAACACAGAUCAGAGCUAAUGCGUUAUUACAAGCAAAAAUAGCAUUAAGAGCUUCAACUGAAAUUACUUCCAACAGCAGCAUUUUCUACACACCAGUGAAUUACCACAUUACAAAUAAUACCAACAAUAAAAAACUCUUUCAAUGA